AUGUAUUUGUCAAGAUUCCUCUCACUUCAUGCCCUCUGGGUUACCGUAUCCUCCAUGAUGCAGCACUACCCUUCCGUGUGGGGACACUAUGACGUGUGCAAGACUCAGAUUUACACAGAAGAAGGAAAAGUAUGGGAUUACAUGGCCUGCCAGCCAGAAGCCAGAGACAUGAUCAAAUACGUAAAAGUGACUCUCGAUCCCCCGGACAUAACGUGUGGAGAUCCUCCUGAGACAUUCUGUGCAAUGGGGAAUCCCUACAUGUGCAAUAAUGAAUGUGAUGCAAGUACCCAAGAACUGGCUCAUCCUCCAGAACUGAUGUUUGAUCUUGAAGGAAGGCAUCCCUCCACAUUUUGGCAGUCUACAACUUGGAAGGAUUACCCAAAGCCUCUUCAUGUUAAUAUUACACUCUCCUGGAACAAAACUAUUGAGCUGACAGAUAACAUAGUUAUCACUUUUGAAUCUGGCCGUCCAGACCAAAUGAUCCUGGAGAAAUCACUCGACUAUGGACGAACAUGGCAGCCCUACCAAUACUAUGCCACAGACUGCUUAGAUGCUUUCCACAUGGAUCCAAAAUCAGUGAGGGAUUUAUCGCAGCACACAGUCCUAGAAAUCAUUUGCACAGAGGAAUACUCUACUGGGUACAUGACAAAUAGUAAAAUAAUCCACUUUGAAAUCAAAGAUAGAUUUGCUUUUUUUGCUGGACCUCGGCUUCAUAACAUGGCUUCUCUCUAUGGCCAGCUUGACACAACCAAGAAGCUAAGAGAUUUCUUUACCAUCACAGACCUGAGGAUAAGACUACUUAGGCCAGCAACUGGAGAAAUAUAUGUAGAUGAGCAACAUCUGGCACGCUACUUUUAUGCAAUUUCAGACAUAAGGGUAUAUGGAAGGUGUAAAUGCAACCUUCAUGCUACUGGCUGUAAAGAAGAAAACAAAAGACUACUUUGUGAAUGUGAGCAUAACACAACUGGCCCAGACUGUGGAAAAUGCAAGAAGAAUUACCAGGGCCGACCAUGGAGCCCUGGUUCUUAUCUGCCUAUACCUAAGGGCACUGCCAAUAUCUGUAUACCAAGUAUUUCCAGUAUUGGUAACUGUGAAUGCUUCGGGCACUCCAACCGGUGCAGUUACAUCGAGCUGCUCAAUACGGUCAUUUGCGUGAGCUGUAAGCACAACACUAGAGGUCAGCACUGUGAGUUAUGCAGGCUGGGCUACUUCAGAAAUGCUUCUGCAGAGCUGGACGAUGAAAAUGUGUGCAUAGCAAACGUGUGUGACAAUGAGCUACUGCAUUGCCAGAACGGGGGAACUUGCAUCAACAAUGUGCGAUGCCAGUGCCCUCCGGCUUACACUGGCAUUUUGUGCGAGAAGCUGAAGUGUGAAAGGGAUCCAGGUGGCUGCAGCCAGAGCUCUGGCCAGGGGGCAAUAUCACACAGGCCGCUAUUACUGCUGACUGCUCUACUAGGAGCAACUGGUCUUCACAUAUGCUAG